AUGCGACCUGAGAGCCACGGAGCGGAGGGGCCCUCCCCAGGUUACGAUGCAGCUCCAUCGGGGGGUGGGGGGCCCCCGGGGGGCGACAUGAGCAGCAGCAGCAGCACCAGCAGCACGGGCGGCAGCAAGACCUCCCCGUUGCUUUCCACAGUGGGCAGUGGUGUAUGGGGGGCCCCCGCGCUGCCGACGGCGCCGCUGCUGGGUACCGAGCGCACUCUGCUGAAUGCUAAGAAGGAGAGGCUGUCUCGCGGCACCCGCCUGUUGAUGCCGUACUGGGCGGUGCGCCAGGUGGUCAUCAACCCCGUCACUGAGGAGGAGACGUGCACCCCCGCCCCCGUCGCAGCCCCAGGCGGCUGCAUGCAGUUCGUGAGUCUUCACUCGUCAACCCGCCUGUUGAUGCCGUACUGGGCGGUGCGCCAGGUGGUCAUCAACCCCGUCACCGAGGAAGAGACGUGCACCCCCGCCCCCGUCGCAGCCCCAGGCGGCUGCAUGCAGUUCAGCUUGGCACGGUUGCUGUGUUCUACGUGGCGUCUGCUAUCUCGUCCCACAAACCUGUGGCUGAUGGUGACGUGCAUUUUGUCUUUUAUUGUCUAUGGCUGCGAGAAGAAAUGCUUGCUGCCUGCACCGCAGCCGGUGAUGCUGCUGCUGGGGGCCCCCCUGUUGCUGCUGCUCUCUGUUGCUGCUUUCGCGGGGCGCCACCUGCAGGCAUCGAGCCGGCGGGAGGCUAUUGCAGCGUAA